CGCCUGAGGCGCCGCUCCUGCUCCUGCUCGUCGUCAUGGCGCCGGCCGGGGCCGACCAGACCGACGAGUACCUGAAGCGGGAGCACUCCCUGUCCAAGCCGUACCAGGGUGUAGGGACCGGCAGUUCGUCGCUGUGGGACCUCUUGGGCAACGCCAUGGUGAUGACCCAAUACGUCCGCCUCACCCCAGACAUGCAGAGCAAGCAGGGUGCCCUGUGGAACCGGGUGCCGUGUUACUUGAGAGACUGGGAACUGCAGGUGCAUUUCAGAAUCCACGGACAAGGGAAGAAAAACCUAAACGGAGAUGGCUUUGCAAUCUGGUACACCAAGGAUCGGAUGCAGCCAGGACCUGUCUUUGGGAGCAAGGACAACUUCGUGGGGUUGGGAGUGUUUGUAGAUACCUACCCCAACGAGGAGAAGCAGCAGGAGGCCCUGAAGAAGAGAUAUUCUCCAGGAGUCCAGCGAGUCUUUCCGUACGUCUCAGCCAUGGUGAACAACGGCUCCCUCAGCUACGACCACGAGCGGGACGGGCGGCCCACGGAACUGGGCGGCUGCACAGCCAUCGUGCGCAACCUCAACCACGACACCUUCCUGGUGAUUCGCUACGUCAAGAGGCGCCUGACGAUCAUGAUGGACAUCGAUGGCAAGCACGAGUGGAGAGACUGCAUUGAUGUGCCCGGGGUCCGCCUGCCCCGUGGGUACUUCUUUGGCACCUCAUCAGUCACCGGGGACCUCUCAGAUAACCACGAUGUCAUCUCCAUGAAGCUGUUCCAGCUGACGGUGGAGCGCACUCGGGAAGAAGAGAAGCUUCACCGGGACGUGUUCCUGCCCUCGGUGGAUAAUAUGAAACUCCCUGGUGUGUCAUCCGCCGCAGAACCCUGGAGCGGCCUCGCCCUCUUCCUCAUAGUCUUCUUGUCGCUGGUGACCACCGUGUUCGUCGUCGUCAUCGGCAUCAUCGUCUACAACAAAUGGCACGAUCAGAGCCGCAAGCGCUUCUACUGAGCCUUCCUCUGGCUGAUGCCACCGCGGCCAAGAGCGGAACCAGCGGGGCUCUCGGCUCAGCCUUCGGCCCGCCCGGGAAUUCUCUGGCCUCGGAACCGAAGGUGCCCGUUUGGCAGCCUCUUCCCGCCCCAAGGGGACAAAGCCACUUGGACCUUGCUCUGUAUCGGGAGCUCCGCAUCCUGGGAUACUGCCACUCACCCUGGGACACCUGACUAGGGGGUGGGCACCACCUCCCCACCCCCUUCCCUUUAAUGAAACUGCAAUGUGCCUUCCUGGGAGCUCUCCCUCCCCCAGCCCCAGCUAGGAGCCAGAGCGGGUAGGGAGACCACACUCUCUGGGCCAUUCCACAGUUGGAUUCCUAGACUGGUCAGUCAGGCUACCUCAAAAGCAGCCAAGUGGAGGAGGAGAGAGAACUUUUUAAAUCUCUGAAGCUUUGAGAUGUCUGCCCGAAAACUGGGACCCACUUCUUUCGGCCCUCCUUAGCUACCUGUAUUCCACCGCACUGACUUUUUCGGUUCUAGCCUCUCCUCCUGAUAAGUUUUCCCUGGAGAUGUCAAUAAGGACUUUUCUCUCUACGCCUUCCCCCCUUUCUCCCUUCCUCUUCCCCUUCUGGAGUAUGUCUACAAGAGGUCUGCUGGUGGGGGCUGGGCAGUUUCUCCAUCCCAGAUAACCUGGAAGGCCUCGGUCCUGGAGCCGGUGGAGAAAUGGGCCGUUCCUUGGCUCUUGCUUUCUGAAGGGCCGGUGGGAGGAGAGAAAUCUGCUCUCCUUGGAUGCCCCAACCGCCCUUUCCCAGCCUUCCGUCACCUGUUUGCCGGUUCAUAUUGGGCUUGGGGUCCCCACCUCCCUUGUGGGUCCUUGGAAAGCCUCUGGCCGGGACUCGUGUGUACAAGUUGAGUUAGCUGAAGGCUGGGAGCCAUUUCCCUUUAGUGCUCUGGGUUUUCAUAACCACUGGCUCCAGGCCUCAGGAACCUGCCUAAAGGGCUUACAGGAACCACUCCCACUGACCCCGGCUCACUGCGUGUACUCUGCUUGUGUCGUUCCCGAGUUCCAAAAGUCGGGAAGAGUCUUCUUCUGCGGCCCAGACCUAGCCAUCCUCUGGGGAAAUUGUUUUAAUUUCCUUAGUGGGAGCAAAAGGCUCUCUGCUCUGGGGGCCAGCGAAGUCCCCAUCUCUUUUCCUUCAUGGAAAGUUUGACCACGGAGUCCGAAACGCUCACCUCCCCGAUUGAUCCCUCUGCUGCCACCACCGCCACAUUUAUCUAGAUGUCUCAUGUUCCUCCCAGUCCCGAGCCUUCUUGUCUGCCCUCAGGGGGUUUGGUCCCCCCGGGAGGGAUCUGGGGUCUUUUUGCUAUCCCCUCCCUCCCUCCUUCCAUCCCAUGGCCGAAGCACAAAGGAAAUUCCGAAAACAGCUGAAGGGUCAAGGGCAUCCCGGUCUGUCUUCCGUUCCGAGGCCGACCCGUCCCCGUAGCCCAAUUCCGGGGGAGGUGCCGUCGAACUGCUUAGCCUGAGGCAGGCAACCCGGGCCCUAUUUCCCCUCACCUUCAACGGCCCUGCGGCCCGGCCCGGACAAGCCCACCUCUGGCUUCGGCCAGAUUGAGCCUCUGCAGUCUCCACUUUUAGGGACUCGGGCGACUUGUAUGGGCCACAUACUCCAGCAACGUGUGCCUGUUCGCCCGUGGCCUAUUACAAUCCUGACUGCUGGGCCGGGGUCGGGGCUCUCGAAAGAGGGAGGCGUCUCACUUUCCGAAGCAGUAAAAAAGCUGCAUUUGAGGCCCGGGACUGCACUUGGGGCAGGCUUCCAGAAGGGAGCAAGUCGGCUGGGGAGACCAAGAGAUUGGGAAAGCUCUCGGGGAGAAGAGGGCAGAGGAGAAAUUUCCAGUUUGAAAAUGAAAUGGAAGGCUGUGUAAGAAGAGAUGGGGCUGCUCCUGUCCUCACACAGUGUAAGGUUUGUGCUGCUGGGUUUCCAGCUCCUGCCGCCGGUCGCUGAGAGUGACUUGCCCCAAGCUAUGUGUCUUUCCCUGAGGUGAUUCCACCCCCUUUUUCCGAACUGGGCCGUGAGAGGAAAACUAGCAGAGUGGAAAAAAAUAAAGAGAAAAUGAGAGUCUCACA